AUGCCGUCACAGGCUGCUAAGCCCUCGGCAGCCGAGCGGAGGCUCGCUCGGUCCCACGCUGCUCGGUCCACCCAUGCCAGAGCCAGGCGUCUGCGGACCAUCCAGUACCAGGCCCAGAAAGCGCAAGACGCAAGUAACGAGCUGCAAGAGGACAGUGGCGAGCUUCCUCAGUACGGGCUGCUCCAUGCACUCUCCUAUUACAGGCGAGAUCCUUUCGAGAGCUCUGCCAGACGGCUGCGGCCCAUGGAGCAGAUGUUUUUCGAUCACUAUUUGACUGUUAUUAUUCCUCUUAUGCGUUGUAACGGUUUAGAUGUGGAGUUCUACCGGCGCAUGACAUUGUCCUGGAUCCCGCUCGCGCUUUCUGAUGACGGCCUGCUGAAUGUACUCUUCCUGGCGGCGUGCCGUCACCUCAGUGAGUGUUAUCAGACACGGCCACAGGCAGAGCCUUUCUCGCGGAUGGCUUUCCAGUACAAACUGCGCCUUUUGAGGUCGCUCAGAGAGGAGAUUUCUGCCGAGACCGCACAUUUUACCGACGCCAGUGUGAUAAAAGCUAUAAUGCUCGCUUAUGACGAGGAAAAACUGUCACGUCGCCUUUUGAUCAACGCAUAA